GGGAUCGAAUGCGGACGUGAUACACAAAGAUCUGGCUUCCCCGAUGAAGUGGUCCCUUUUUAUAUGUUCUCCUACCUUCCCUCUCUUUAGGUCCUUUCCUCCCCGCCGUCAUCUCCUCUUGUUAUUUUUUUCAUCCUCAAAUCACCUUUUGAAUUUAAAUGUCUUCAAAGCGUGGUCGUAAACGCAAUGAUAACCUCCCUCCUAAUCGAGCUAGGGAUGUCCAGAGAGCGUUUCGUGCAAGGAGAGCUGCCCAUCUACAAGCUCUUGAGUUGCGAGUAUCGGAGCUGGAGGAAGAGAAUAAUUGCUUAAGAGCUGCACUCAAUCUACCCGCAGCUAACCGCCCGUCGCUCGGGAAAGGUCCGACAGGCAAGGACAAAUCAAAGUCUCUUGAAACAACACCCGUUGCUGCACAAUCUACCUCUUCUAAAAGUCGCGAGUCCUCGCCUGUUGCAGAAUCACCGUCUCCUGGACGUUCAGACUCUGCUUCUCCGUCCGUCGUCAGCGGCAACAUGCGUACUCCUCCAGUCAUGGACGGUCAUUGGGAAGAAAGUUUUAUGAUGAGUGAUCAGCAGUCACAGGGAUCUCAUGUAUCAUCUUCGUCAUCCGCUUCCUAUAGUCUUCGCCCAGUUCCCCCGCCUAUGUCGCAGAAAAGCUCCCAUCAAUUCACUUUUUCAAAUCCCAUGCCUCCACCCCGCUCUAUGAUUUCAAGUAACGUCUCUGCCCAUCCCCUACAACCAAGCUAUCCACAUACUGCUGAUAGGCCCAUUGCCACCGGUUAUAAUGAUAUGAACUACCUUCUAUGCGACGUCCGAGAAAACGCACAUUAUCCCUAUUCAUAUCAACCACCGCAGUUCAAUCCGGAUCAUGCCAUGUCUCCACCAUCCCAGCAUGCUAUUCAUCCACCCCAAAAUCAUCAUCAACAGCGCACACCCCUGCCACAUCCGUCAAUAACGUACCCACAACGACGCUCAGUUAACGAACCUACAGGGUUUAGACCGUUAGGCACCGAUUUGCACCUGCCGAGUCCCCCACCGCACUCGCAGGCGGUGCGCCUAGCAUCGCCUCCAAUUCCGUCUGUGCAGGAUCCACGGUCUCAUUAUACCUCUCAUGGCAAGCAUCCUAACGCUCUUCGGUGACCUUUCAAUUGUUAUCGUUGUUGUCUCCUGUACUUCUUAAUUUCCGUUUUCGUUGUAACUAUUCUGAUCUUUUGUACUAUCAGCCCCUUCCUCGCACCACCUCGGGAUUCUCAUUGCUCAUUGCUAAAUGAUUUUAUCAACGUCUGUAUCGCUAUCGUUCGCGAACUCCCUCUGGUUCACCUAGUCAAUUUUACAAUAGAUGUACACACAGCUAUAUGGUAAACUAUUCUUUCCAUGUAAUAGCUUUAAUCCUUGUUGCAGUGCUGGCAAUCCCGAUGCCCGGCUACGAUCCAGCUCGACCCAAUAUUGUGCUUGAGUCGGUUAGAAAAAGAAGAUUCUGUUCGUAUCGACGAUGACUCAUUCAUAAUUGAAUCAAGUUUACCAAAUUUCCUCUUUAAGCGAUUAAGGUGACAGGCAC